AUGACAACAAAUGGCCUCCCCAUCCGCGUCCUCCCAACCCUCGACCCCUCCGAGGGGCCAACACACCCCUUCAGCACCCCCAGCAAGAAAAUCCACGAAUCCAACGACGUCUCCUCCUUCCUAACCAGCAAAGCCUACGUCGACAUAAUGACCUUCCUCCUCCAACUAAACCGCUCCAUAUUCCCGCUCAAAAACCCCGACGGAAGCGUGCAAACUUGGACCCUGAACUCGGAGGCCGUCGAGUUCUCGGCCCCCGUGAGGCAAUUGCAGCAGUUGCUGGCGAAGCUUGAGGGGAUACUCGAGGAGGCGCCGCCGGAUCAGGGGCCGAGGAGGUUUGGGAAUGUGGCGUUUCGGAGAUGGUUCCAAAUUGUGGAGGGGAGAGCGGAUGAGUUGUUGGAGGGGUGCCUUGCGCCGGAGGUGUUAGAGCUGAGAAAGGGUAGGGAUGGGGUGACGGCGAAGGAGGAGUUGAAGGGGUACUUUUUGGGGAGUUGGGGGAGUGCGCAGAGGUUGGAUUAUGGGACGGGGCAUGAGUUGAGCUUUUUGGCGUUUUUGGGGGGUAUUUGGAAGUUGAAUGGGUUUCCGCAGACUACUCCUGGGGUUGAAGAGAGGGCUAUUGUUUUGGGAAUUGUGCAGCCGUACCUCGAGCUCACCCGAACUAUCAUCAAACGAUACACCCUAGAACCGGCAGGGUCACAUGGAGUCUGGGGUCUAGACGACCACUCAUUCAUCCCAUACAUCUUCGGGGCAGCUCAAUUUGCUCCUGCAGUGGCAGAAUCCGAGCCAUUUCCCGAAGAAGGCUCACUACCAGAUGCACCAGACCCAGGAGGCGUUGCUAAAGCCAACAUCGUCGAGAGGGAGCGGAAAACGAACAUGUAUUUCUCCGCAGUCGGUUUCAUCUACGAUGUCAAACGCGGGCCAUUCUGGGAACAUAGUCCGAUGCUUUAUGAUAUCUCUGGGAUUCGGACGGGGUGGGCGAAGAUUAACAAGGGCAUGAUCAAAAUGUACAACGCAGAAGUCCUCUCCAAAUUCCCCGUCGUCCAGCACUUCCCCUUUGGCUCGCUAUUCAGCUUCGAUCGCGAUCCAAACGCCAUCGUCCCUCAAACUCAACCUCAGUCACAACCAUCAACCACCAGACCAGCACCUCCAUCAGCAGGACCAGGACCAGGGUCAGGAACCAAAGCCCCAUGGGCCACUGGAACCUCAACAGGUGCAGCGUCAGCCAGAGUACCCCCUUCUGCCUCUUCCUCGCUCCCAGAUACGUCGAGGUUACCACCGGGGCCGAUGGCUCCGACUAGGGCUCCGUGGGCGAAGCCUGCUGCUGGAGCUGGUGGUGAGUCUGGGGAUUUGGGACAGACAAAAUCUCCUUGGGCGAAAUGA